UCCCGACGCUAAACCCCUCCCAGCCCCGACAUCCCCGAGUCCUCCGCACCCGAAACCACAGAGUUUCUCGCUUCCCUCUACAUCCUCCACUCCCCAUCAUCAUCGAUAUCAUGGCAGAGCUACGGAAAUAUGCAUGUUCAAUGUGCGCCCGACGAAAAGUAAAGUGCGAUCGCCAACAUCCCUGUUCAAAUUGUCAGAAAGGCCGAGCAGAAUGUAGCUACGAAGCGCCUCUUCCGCCGAAACCGCGAAAAAGAGCUGCUGAUGAGGAUUUGCUGGCGAGGCUGGCGCAGUAUGAGGCGUUGAUGAAGAAGAAUGGUGUGGAUUAUAGUCAGCAUGCUAAUGUUUGGGUGUCGUCGGUUUUGGAGGCGAAGAGUGAGGAUGAUACGUCUAUGACGGUGUCGGAUGCUGCAACGGAAUUAUGUCUUUGGUCAAAGCUGAGCCAUGAGCUCAAAUAUCCUCCCAUGUUUUCACUACGUAACAAAGACGACCCUUUCCUUCAUCCUUCACUACCAUUUCACUUCAUGAUCUUCGACCUUCAAUCGAAAGCCUACGAGAAUCAUCCAGAACCGAAACAAAUCUUUUUCUUCUGGCAGACCUUCGUCGAAUGCGUCAAUCCCCUCAUCAAGAUUGUUCACGUCCCAAGUCUACAGAAACGCAUCCUGGAAGCGACUUGGGAUCUGGCAAACGUACCCAAGCCCCUUUCAGCACUUAUGUUCUCCAUAUACCUCCUUUCGAUUACUUCACUGUCGUCAGAAGCCUGUCUGGCAUCUUUGGGCGAGGACAGAGGGACAUUACUCACGCGCUAUCGAACUGCGACAAUACGAGCUCUUGCAGGAGCUGACUUUCUCACCACGAAGGAUCUGGAGACUCUUCAGGCCAUGGUCCUGUUCAUCUUCUCAAAUCCAGAGAUCGAACUAGCCAGUACUCUGACAGCCGUUGCCAUAAGAGCUGGACAGAUGAUGGGCCUACACAAAUCAGACACCGAUACAAAGCUCUCAUUCUUCGAGAAAGAAAUGCGCAUUCGACUCUGGUGGCAGAUAAAAGGUCUGGACUCGCGAGUCCGAGCAAGUUCAACACCUGGAAUCAAGCUAGCAAGAUCCGAAUUCGGCGACGUUCGUCUUCCCUUCAACAUCAAUGACACAGAGCUUCAUCCAGAUAUGCUCGAACCCCCCGUCCAGCACACCGGGCCAACAGAAAUGGUCUGCGUUUUGAUGAAGUUCGAAGUAACACAAUGGCUUCGCUCAUCUCCCAAAGCAGCCAAAGUCUUUGAUUGCAUCGUUCCAGGCUUUGGAAGACCAGGAGGGUCAACAAAAGCCGAAGACGAAGCUAUCAACGAGCUCGAGACGAUUUACACAGAGAAGUAUCUUGCUAAGCUUGACAGAGCUGUUCCGUUUCAUGAUCUGACGUAUGCAAUGGCGAAACUAGCUAUUGCGAGAAUGCGUUUCAGGCUACAUCAUCCUAGGGCUAAAGCAGCGCCUGGCGAUGGAGAUGUCUACAUGACGAAAGAAGAUAGCGAUAUCCUCUUCAACGCAGCGUUGUCAUUCUUGGAACUCGUUAACGUGGGUUUCAAGAGUAAAUUCUCUUCUCAGAUGUUUACUCAUCUAACAUCUAACUACCAAAUCGACGCUUGGAUCUACGUUAUCAGUGAACUUCGCAGACGACCUUCCGGACCGCGAAUAAAUCUGGCUUGGAAAUUAGUGGACAGUUUAUACACCGAUCAUCCUGAACUUGUGGAUUCUGUUGAUAAUUCGUUGUUUACUGCUCUGGGAAACUUGACUAUGGAAGCUUGGGAGGCGAGACGGAAGGCAUUAAGUGAGGGUGAGGCUGUACUGGCUUGUAUUGAGCUGCUUUGGAGUAAGAGACGUGUUGGAAAUGGUGAUGCUGAGAUGUCGGGGAGUGUACUCGAUGCUUGGGAUUUUAAUGUCGGGGAUGACUUAUUGGAUUGGAAUUAUUGGAGUGACUUUGUGCGCUUUUAGCCUUCAAUUGUAAUACUUAUGACACCAAUGAAGUGAAUGAUUAGUAAUGG